AAAAACAGAGGAAUAGAAACCAAAUCCUUUCUCACACGCUACACAAGCGCCAUAAACCAAAAGCUGUGUUUUUAUAAAAACACGGCUAAAGAAAUCAAAACCCCAUCAACAAUAAUGGCGGAUUUAGAGGCCACAGCAGUGAUGCCGAAGGUGAUUGCAUUUCUUUCCUCUCUCCUCCAACGAGUUGCAGAAUCGAACGAUCUUACCCAUCAACUAUACCCACAGAGGAUCUCGGUGUUCCAUGGCCUCACCAGGCCCAACAUAUCUGUUCAAAACUAUCUCGAAAGAAUCUUCAAGUACGCCAAUUGUAGUCCCUCCUGCUUCGUUGUUGCCUACGUUUAUCUUGACCGUUUUGCCCAGAAACAGCCUUCUUUUCCAAUCAAUUCUUUCAAUGUCCAUAGGCUGCUUAUCACCAGCGUCUUGCUUUCUGUCAAGUUCUUGGACGACAUAUAUUACAACAAUGCUUACUACGCUAAAGUUGGAGGGAUCAGCACAUCAGAGAUGAAUGUUCUUGAAGUGGAUUUCUUGUUUGGUUUAGGGUUUCAAUUAAAUGUGACACCCACCACAUUCCACACUUACUGCUCUUAUCUCCAGAAAGAGAUGUUGAUGCAAUCUGCUGUUGAUUUAGUAGACAAUCCUCUAAAUAUGGGUAGGCCAUUAAAAAUCCAUUGUUGUUUCAAUGAAGAUGAAUCCACCCAUCAAAAGCAACUCGCUGUUUAGGUCUUUUUUAGGAUAGCUAGGAAAAGUUGGAUGAUUGAUUUCUGUCUAUUUGAAAAAGAAGGGUAGAUUUUUAGCAUUAGGACUUUGUAGGGUGUUGUUGAUGUGGGGACAUGCAAAUUCUGCUUUGAUAUCUAGUCAAAGCUCUCCUUUGGCUUUUCAUCAUUUAUUUCAAUCUGGCAGUGUGCUUUUGACACA